UUGCUCCGACUAUAGAAGCACAAACUUUGGCAUACAGUGUUACGGCACCGGAUCACCAUAACGCACUAAUCAUUCUAACCGUGCUUUCGGACUACCACCAAAUAUCAGACUCGACGGGGCGCUGGUAGCGAAGCGGCUAUUUACAGUAUAACGGAGACGCUCGGCGGUUCACCACUGAAACAAAUACAUAAACACUGCACCACACACGCACAUACUCACUGAGCAACAGUUACACAGAGAAUUCGCUUUUACCGAACUUUCAGCGCGACUGCCAGAUAAAGAGUACAACGAGCUAAAGUAUAAAAAAGAAAAUGUCUUCUAUUUCGCAAUUCAGGAAGAACAAGCUCAUGUAUGUGUUCCACGUCUUUUUCGACGUCAACUCGAGUGGAACCAUAGACAAGAAGGAUUUCGAGAUUGCCAUCGAAAGAUUUUGUAAUAUGCGUGGCUGGAGUGGCGAUGCGGAGAAAGUGGAAAAAACUCGAACUUGUUUGUUGAAAGUUUGGGAUGGCUUGCAGUCUGGAGCUGAUAAGGAUAAUGAUGGACAGGUGACUCAAGAAGAAUGGUGCGCAAUGUGGGAUGAAUUUUCCAAAAAUCCAAGCGCAGCGCAAGAUUGGCAAACACAUUACAUGAAUUUUAUGUUCGAACUCGUCGACACAUCAGGAGAUGGAGCCAUCGACGAAGCUGAAUUCACCGAAGUUUGCCAAAGCAACGGAGUGUCUCCCACAGAGGCUUCUGAAGCAUACCAAAAGUUUACAAAGGGUGGCACAAUUAAAGUGUCUCGCGACGAAUUCGCCAAAUACUGGGUGGAAUUUUUUGCAUCCGAAGAUCAAUCCGCUCUGGGCAACUUCAUAUUCGGCAAGACAUCGUUCGACUAAGCUAGAAAAAAUCAAUACACAUCAACCCUAACCCAAUACGCCUCUUAGGUUAUAAAGUUUCUUAAUUUGUUUUGUCCCUUUUAAAAAAUUCGAAAGAGCAAAACACCUAUAAGGCCAUUUUGACAAGCAUACCUACCCGCAAAUAAAAUGUAUUAUGUAAGACGUCCUCUUCGCUAGAUUUCAACUCUACAUAAUAAUAAUAUAUUAUAUUAAACUAUAUCAUCUAGGUAUAUACAAUUUUAGACGAGUGUUCUCGCGUGUAGCGAUUUAGGAUAUUAGUAAAUAAUUAUAUUAUUAAUAGUCUAUAAACCUAUAACAAAAUAUAUUAUUAUAUCUUUAAGUACUAUAAUUGUUAAGCGCUACCGUAGGCAAUUUUGUUUUUCGAGAUUAAAACUCAUGUGAUACACACCUGCAGUGUUCCAUGUAAUAUUUUUAUUAUUUUAUAUCCAGCCUUCGUGGUACAUAACGUGCCGAGUAGAACAAGUUAUACCUAAUAAACCUAUAAUAAUAAUAAUAAAUUGAGACGCUUAUAAAAUUCGAGGGAUACAUAUUUCACAUGGGUUUCUUUUGGCGCUUUGACGUUUGGGAACUCAUUUGUUGAUAAAUUAUUAAAUUCAUUAUAUAAAAAAAAGUAAUAAUAAUAAUAAUACAUACCACAGUUAAAUCCAAAAAAACAGUAAUUUCGGUAUUUAAUUUGCGUGAUUUUCUCUAAUUAAAAUAUCAUCAAAGUUCAUGCGCUCAAUUAAACAUUUAAUACAUAUUAGCAUACUGUGUGUCUGUAUCCAUCACAAAAUAAUAACAAUACGUGUAACCGUGUUUGACGUUCAGCCGUAGAAUUCGUGUCGCAAAAAACCAUCAGUGAAAUUAUUAAACAUAUUUAUCUCUAAAUAAUUAUAAGUACAAGUAUACUGAAAUCAAUCAGGAUGAAAAAAUGAUAGCAAUCACAAAUAAAUUUGGUUAAACCAUUUAAUAAUAAUAAUAAUAAUGAUAUAAUUCAAUAAAAAUUAUAAAAUAACAACAAAACAAUUAAUUUGCAUUAUCUCUCACUUUUUUUUAACAAAUAUAUCAUAAGCGUAAAAGUUACUACAACAAUAUUAAGUAAUCAACAUAGUUCGAAGGAUAAUUAUCUUCUAUAUUAAUUAUUAUAAUAACAGUAGCAGUAGUGGCACAAUAAUUAUUAUUUUAUGGUAUUGUACUUGAGUAUUAUAUUAUACUUACUGCUAAUAUAGCAUAGUGAAAUAAUAUUAUAUCAUAUUAUUAUAGUAUAUUGUAGUAUAGUAUUAAAUAUAGAUGUGUUUCGGAAAAGUUUGUGCGCAAUUAUAAUCUUCUUGUAAGUUUUCAAAAUAAUAAUAUAUUAUAUUAUCACAUGUAAGACGACGGCUGUCAUUUCUGUAGUUUUCGAUUAUAUAUAUAAAUAUUAAAAAAAAAACGUAAUAAAACUCAGACGUAGUACCGUUUGAUUCAA